AGUAGCAUCCGACCUACUACUACUCGGAUCCGGAUUUAUUUCUAAAAAUAAAAGUCCGAGGCUACAGCGCAGCGCUGCCCAUUUCUCCUCCCCCUUCCGCAGCAGAGCUCCGUCCCCGCAGUCGAAGCCUCGCAAGUCUCAAGAUGGCAGAAGAACCCAAAGCUAUAAAGGAGGAUGCCAAGAUUGAUCUAUUUGAAGAUGAUGAUGAGUUUGAAGAAUUUGAGUGUGAAGAAUGGGAUGAUGAGAAAGAAGAAGGGAAGGAAGCAACACAACAGUGGGAAGAUGACUGGGACGAUGAUGAUGUCAAUGACGAUUUCUCUCUUCAGUUGAGAAGGGAGCUGGAGAACAACUCGGAGAAGAAACAAAUUGUACCUUGAUAGACAUAUCUUCGAACCCUGUAAUUUAUUUUCAACUUGACCAAAAGCUUCAACUGUUAUAUCUGGAUCUCGGUGGAACCAGCUUGUUUUCUGUCAUUUUUCUGAUGCAUUCAACACUUAUAUAUGCAACAAAGCCUUCAAACAGGCAUCUAGUUUGAGGUUGCUGCAA